AUGGAUAGGUCCAAUCAGACUUCCCCCAUGGUGGGGUUCAUUCUCCUGGGCCUCUCAGCCCACCCAGGGCUGGAGAAAAUGUUCUUUGUGCUCAUCCUGCUGAUGUACCUGGUGGUCCUGCUGGGCAACGGGGUCCUCAUGCUGGUGACCACCCUUGACUCCCACCUGCACACGCCAAUGUACUUCUUCCUGGGGAACCUCUCCUUCCUGGACAUCUGCUACACAACCUCCUCAGUCCCCCUCAUUCUCAACAGCUUUCUGACCCCCAGGAAAACCAUCUCCUUCUCAGGCUGUGCUGUGCAGAUGUUUCUCUCUUUUGCCAUGGGAGCCACAGAGUGUGUGCUCCUGAGCAUGAUGGCAUUUGAUCGCUAUGUGGCCAUCUGCAACCCCCUUAGAUACCCCGUGAUCAUGAGCAAGGCUGUCUAUGUGCCCAUGGCCAUCAGCUCAUGGGCAGCUGGUCUCACCACCUCUAUAGUUCAAACAUCGCAGGCCAUGAGGCUGCCGUUCUGUGGGGACAACAUCAUCAACCACUUCACCUGUGAGAUCUUGGCUGUCCUGAAGUUGGCCUGUGCUGACAUUUCCAUCAAUGUGAUCAGCAUGGUUGUGGCCAACGUGAUCUUCCUUGCAAUCCCAGUCCUGUUCAUUUUUGUCUCCUACAUGUUCAUCAUUGCUACCAUCCUGUGGAUCCCCUCAGCUGAGGGGAGGAAAAAGGCCUUCUCCACCUGCUCUGCCCACCUCACAGUCGUGGUCGUCUUCUAUGGGACCAUCCUCUUCAUGUAUGGGAAGCCUAAGGCCAAGGACCCGCUGGGGGCAGACAAACAGGACCUUUCAGACAAACUCAUUUCCCUCUUCUAUGGGGUGGUGACCCCCAUGCUCAACCCCGUCAUCUACAGCCUGAGGAACAAGGACGUGAAGGCUGCUAUGAAGAAGCUGAUACAUCAGAAACACCUAACUGAGUGA